CGCAGCGGUACGUAUUGCGCAUGUGCUGUGUAGACCCUGGGCCGGGUGUGUCGGUCCCGCCGUCUAUUGGUUCUGGUUUCCGGUCAGGAUGGCGGACCCCACGGUGGCGGAUACCCGCCGUCUAAACUCUAAGCCUCAGGAUCUAACAGACGCGUACGGUCCGCCCAGCAACUUCCUGGAGAUUGAUAUCUUCAACCCACAGACAGUGGGAGUGGGACGAAACCGGUAUACGGUAUACGAGGUCCGCAUGAGGACAAACCUUCCCAUCUUUAAACAGAAGGACUCCACUGUUAGGAGGCGGUACAGUGACUUUGAGUGGUUGAAGAAUGAACUGGAGAGAGACAGUAAGAUUGUGGUACCUCCAUUACCAGGCAAAGCACUGAAACGACAGCUUCCAUUCCGAGGAGAUGAGGGCAUUUUUGAAGAGUCCUUCAUUGAAGAGCGACGGCAAGGACUCGAGCAGUUUAUUAAUAAGAUCGCUGGACAUCCCCUUGCACAGAAUGAGCGUUGUCUGCAUAUGUUUCUGCAGGAUGAAACAAUUGAUAGAAAUUAUGUGCCAGGAAAAGUACGCCAAUGAGAAAUCUAGGCACAUCCAUCUCCUCCUUGCCCCACACAAAACCAUUGCCUGCUAAAUUACCUUUAUUUUUACACUAAGCCUCCAAUUGUCCCCUCUUUUCAAGACCACAUUCUGUCCUUGAUUCUAUCCUGUGUUUUUACCUGUUUAUAUCACUGUUUGAAUCUUACACUCAGUAGAAUUAUUCAAGUCUGUUCAUUUCCAUCCCCUCCCUUGCCCGGAGUUGGGGAGAUGUUCGUUUUGGCCUUCAGCCUCCUAAUUCUUAGCCCUGAAAAAUGCAAGCUUUCCUGAUAGCUCAGUUCCCUUCCAAGCAUUCUCUCGGCUAAAUGUGUAGGGGAACCGCCAUCAAAACUACUUCUGUUUGAGUAAAUGUUCAUGAAUGCCCAUGGAGUGCUAUAUCAAGUGGAACACUUUUUCUUCCCAUUCACUAGUCCAUGACUGGGAGAUAUUUUAAUACAGUCUGUAACUUGUGCCCCAGGUCUUGAAGUGAUCAAGCGAGUGUACACUCUCUGCCCUCCCUGAUCAUCACCACAAGUGUGCUGUCUAUUUAAUGCUCAAAGUACAGACCUCAGAUAAAGUACAGGCGUCUAUCUGCUGCACAGCAAAAAUAUGUAUUGUCUGAUAUGUAAGUGGUUAUAACAGAUAACACCCACUCCAACUGAAUCGGGUUCAUUUUCAGAAAUUGACUAUUACAUGCUAAACGAAGAAUGUACAUUACAUUGAAGACCAUGUCUAAAACAUGUGACCCACUGGAGAAGACCUGCUUGUGUUCCUGGAGCCUCCAGGAUGGUGGCAUUUGAGUUAUUGAGAUACAGCAUUGUGUUAUGACUGUAUGACACUUGGGAACAUAUAUACAUUAUCAGUAUCGCACAGAGUGUCUCAGUAUGGGUUAAAGAUCGCCAUCAUCAAACAACCUUCAGUUGCUUCGCCAUGUAUGUCGGGAAAGCCCUUGUGCUUAGGUGUAGGGGAGGGGGAGCAUAUUUAUUCAUGAUCUGCUUUGGAGUCAGGGGUCAGGGUGGCUUUUGGUUAAGUGUUAAAUUUGAGGUGUCCCAGCGGACACUGUGACCUUGUGCAUGUGCUGACCAGUUAUAACACACUCAGACCUGGGCUUAUAAGCAACUUUGCUGCCUGUGUCCUUGUGCUGGAGACCAUGUCUGUGUAUAUAAAUAUCUAUAUCUGAUAUUUUGGCUGUGUGUUGUCACUGCUUCUUCUGCUUAAUUAUUAUUGUUCUAUACGUGGAAAAAUUCUAAAGAUUUAAUUCCUAAACGUCACCAUUUGCCACUAAUCUGUGUGCCAUUUUGCAGUUCCUAUUUUAAAUCACCAUCAAAGAUUUUGGUAGACCUAUGUUGUAUGUCGGAUGUAAUAGUGUCUCUUUGUGUAAUUUCCCUCAGAUGUAAAUCCUCGUAGCUAAACCAAAGCUAUCCAAGCUACUACUUUUAAUAUCGAUGGCCUAUCUUCAGGGUAGGCAAUCAAUACCUGAUCGGGUAGGUUCAGACACCCUGCACCCCCUGCAGAUAAGCUGUUUCAGGGUAACUCUGGCACCAGAACUACUGUGCAGUAGACUGAGCUUGAAACUGCAGCAUUACUCCCAUUCACUGCAGUAGAAGCCGCUCCACAGUAACCAGUUCAAUCCACUACUACACAGUGGAAGUAGCUGUGUACUUCUGGUGCCUUCAAUUUCAUUAAAGGGGUAUUCCAAUUACGGUAUACACUAUUAUGCCAUACCCAAAUAGGAUAUAAGGCGUUAUGUCUGUGAGGAAAAGUACACAAAAAGAAGAAACACUCUACUGCGUUCCUUGUACAAUAUAAAGGAGACUGCUUCAGCUGUCACUCAGAGGGGAGGAGAGGUGAAGCAGCCCACUGCAGAGAGCAUUUUAGCGCCUUGGGAGUGCUUAUGGCUGAGUCACAUGACAGAGUACAGAUAUCGUAAAAAUUUGCAGCAGAAAUUGAUAUCGAUUUUAAAUCUGCAGCAUGUCAAUUCUGUGGAUUUCAACUUUUGCACAACAAAUCUGCAGCAAUUAUGGGAAAAUCCAUCCUGGUGACUGUACCCUGACAGUUCUUUUGCACAGUAAUGGUGAUAAAAGCAAAGGUAUUUUAACGGAUUGUCAACCACCCGUUGACUAUGCACUCAUGUCUGCAUGCAUGUUUGUAAACGUCCCUGGAGAGAUUGCCGCUGCACACCAAUCGUAUAGCUGUGAGAGCAGGGGGCCUGAUGUCCGUGACAACAGGAUUCCCCAUAGCGAAGGCAGGGACAUUUUUAAAUUCUAUUUUACCAUCCCGGUCUUCCCAAUUGCUCUAAAGCUUGAUGAGCGCUGUGUAUAGCGAUCAGGAAGCAUCAACAGUGCUUCCUGCUCCAGUCCCAGCCAUGGGCCAGGCAUCUGCAUGAGCUGCUGGAUCUUAGCAGGGCUAUACAACCUCUCUGGGAGCUGCAUUCCCCUUGUAACUGGGGCUACUAUGUCAGGCCCAGUUACAGGAGAAAUCGGCAAUAAAAAUAAAAAAAGUGUUUAAUGACCCCCCAAAGGUGUUGUAUGGGGGGCACAAAGUGCUAAAAAAAACUAAACGCUGCCACACUACAGCUCCUCGUCUCUCCCCUGGCAACCAUAACC